GGUGUUUUCGUGCUGUUGGAGGGCAGUUAACCAACCACUGCAGCCCUCUACUACAGUGGCUCUACUGUGUCACAGACAGUCAGUGUUACUUUCCGUCGCAGGACGCCUUGCUGAGUUGUACAUUUGACAUUUGUUUUAGGGGCAGAAGACAGUGACCCGGGACAGGCAUGGCUGGCGCGGUGGCACCGAAGCGGCAGGACACCCGGAAAUUUUUUGAGAAUCUGUCCGGCGCCGGUAAAUCCAUCGCAGUGCUGACCAGCGGAGGAGAUGCCCAAGGUAUGAAUGGGGCGGUCCGGGCCGUCGUCCGAAUGGGCAUCUACGUGGGAGCAAAAGUCUACUUCAUCCAUGAGGGGUACCAGGGAAUGGUGGAUGGUGGAGACAACAUCAAAGAGGCGACAUGGGAAAGCGUCUCCAGCAUGUUGCAAGUGGGCGGUACAGUUAUCGGCAGCGCACGCUGUAAAGAGUUUCGUAGCCACGAGGGCCGCUUGAAAGCCGCACACAACCUUGUGCAGCGCAGCAUCACCAACCUGUGUGUGAUUGGUGGAGACGGCAGUCUGACCGGAGCCAACCUGUUCAGAGAGGAGUGGAGCGGCCUGUUGGACGAGCUCCUCCAACAAGGUCUGAUCGAUAAGGAGGCAGCCUGCAGUAACUCGGAGCUCCACAUUGUUGGCAUGGUCGGCUCCAUUGACAAUGACUUCUGCGGCACCGACAUGACCAUCGGCACCGACUCGGCACUGCACAGGAUCAUCGAGGUGGUGGACGCCAUCAUGACCACCGCUCAGAGCCACCAGAGGACAUUUGUGCUGGAAGUCAUGGGCAGGCACUGCGGAUACCUGGCCCUGGUCAGUGCCCUGGCUUGCGGAGCAGACUGGGUUUUUAUCCCAGAAAUGCCUCCUGAGGAUGGCUGGGAGGACAGCAUGUGUCAGAAACUGUCUGAGAGCCGAUCUCGAGGUUCCAGGUUGAACAUUAUCAUAGUUGCUGAAGGAGCCAUUGACAGAAAAGGACAGCCCAUUACUUCUGAUUUUGUGAAGGAUCUGGUAGUACGCUGCCUGGGUUUUGACACCAGGGUCACCAUCUUGGGCCACGUGCAGAGAGGUGGGACGCCCUCUGCCUUUGACAGGAUCCUGGCCAGUCGUAUGGGCGUGGAGGCAGUGCUGGCGUUACUGGAGGCCUCUGCCACCACCCCGGCCUGCGUUGUGUCUCUGGUUGGCAACCAGGCUGUUCGACUGCCACUUAUGGAGUGUGUUCAGAUGACCCAAGAGGUACAGAAGGCCAUGGAUGAGAAGAAAUUUGAAGAGGCAGUGAGACUGCGUGGCAGGAGCUUUGAAAACAAUCUGACCACAUACAGACUCCUCUCCUACCGGAAAGCAGAUUCUGAACUUCCAAAUAGCUCCUUUAACGUGGCGGUGCUGAACGUCGGCGCCCCGGCAGCAGGUAUGAAUGCCGCCGUGCGUUCUGCUGUCAGAGUGGGAAUCACUGAAGGCCACAAAAUGUUGGCUGUCAGCGACGGCUUCGAGGGAUUCUACAAGGGACAUAUCAAGGAGAUCAAAUGGGGAGAUGUCGGGGGUUGGACUGGCCAGGGAGGCUCACUGCUGGGGACAAAACGAACUCUUCCAGGCAAACAUCUGGAUAAGAUUGCCGAACAGAUUAAGAUCCAUAACAUCAACGCCCUGCUGGUCAUCGGAGGAUUUGAGGCCUUUGAGUCCCUGCUGCAGCUGUACGAGGCCCGGGCCGACUAUGAGGAGUUAUGCAUCCCGAUGUGCAUGUUGCCUGCUACCAUUAGUAACAACGUGGCCGGCACCGACCUCAGUAUCGGCGCUGACACGUCCAUCAACGCCAUUGUGGAGACUUGUGAUCGCAUCAAGCAGUCAGCCAGUGGCACCAAGCGGCGGGUCUUCAUCAUUGAGACCAUGGGGGGUUACUGUGGCUACCUGGCCACCGUGGGUGGUCUGGCUGCCGGCGCCGACACCGUCUACAUCUACGAGGAGCCGUUUGACAUCCGGGACCUGCAGGCCAACGUGGAGCAUCUGACGCAGAAGAUGAAGACCAGCAUCCAGAGGGGCAUAGUGCUCAGAAAUGAGAACUCCAAUGAGAACUUCACCACUGACUUCAUCUACCAGCUGUACACUGAGGAGGGGCGAGGAGUGUUUGACUGUAGGAAGAACAUCCUCGGCCAUAUGCAGCAGGGAGGAGCUCCUUCACCAUUUGAUAGAAACUUUGGCACCAAAAUUGCUGCUAAAGCCAUCCAGUGGAUCACACGCACGCUCAAGGAGUCUUACAAAGGAGGGCGAGUGUUUGCGAACUCGGAGGACACUGCGUGCCUGCUGGGGAUGCGUCGCCGAGCUCUGGUCUUCCAGCCGGUGUCCCAGCUCCGGGACCAGACGGACUUUGUCCACAGGAUCCCUAAAGAGCAGUGGUGGCUGAAGCUCCGCCCACUGAUGAAAAUCCUGGCCAAGUACAAGACGAGCUACGACGUGUCCGACUCGGGCCAGCUGGAACACGUGACCCGGGUCCGACCCAAGGAGACCAACACCUCGGCAGCCAUCUGACCCGUCGCACUGCUGCAACCAGAACCCAGCUUCACACAACAGUGAACGACUGACCCACUGCAAAGAAAUUAAGAUAGAUUGGAAAAGAUAGUUGGUCAUUUCAAAAGUUAUAUUGUAAGGUAAAGCCAUUGCACUUUUCAGAAGGGAUCUUCUGUUUUUUAGAUGGCUGGUAAAAUUUAGUAAAAGUCCUUUGGAAUAGAGCUCUUUAUGUAGUUUAACAAGCUAGCAGAGCUGACAUUGUAUAUCCCACAUCCCCAAUCAAAAGGUAUUAUAUAAUUAAAUAUAUAUAUAUAUAUAUAUA